UCCCGAUUCAUAGGCUGCUCAAAACGCGCACAGGCUUCUUAGGAUGCAGACUGACUCAAACAGGUCCUAAAUCAAACUCGUCUCAUCGUCGAUAACAAACAGAUACAUAUCGCGAAGAUACAAUCCUUCCCCACGCGUCAUGGACAGUUGUAGUGGUAGAGAAAUGUUGUUUAAUUCAAUAUUUUGCGGGGCAGUUUAGUAUCCACGUGCAAAAUGCGGUUUCUAGUGAUAUCAGCCACACUGAUCUGUCUGGCUUAUGGAUUUUUGCUCGACGGUUCGACAAAUUCUUUCUCCCAGUUCCGGAAAUGGGGAGGUGGUACCAACGGAAGUCUAGAGUUCGAAUUUAAAACGGAUCAACCUAACGGUUUAUUGCUCUAUACUGAUGACGGGGGUACUUACGACUUUUUCGAAAUUAAACUGGUAGAGGGCGCUCUGAGACUGCGAUACAAUUUAGGAGGCGGUGCGCAGAUCAUCACUGUAGGCAGAGAUCUCAACGACGGGCACUGGCAUAAGGUCCACGUACAAAGACACGAAGAUCGCACCAUCUUGACUGUAGAUGGGGUAUCUCAAAUGAGAACCUCCAGAGGAAAGGAAUUUAACUUCGGGCGGUUUUCAACCAACUCGGAUGUGUUCGUCGGAGGUAUGCCCACCUGGUACAAUACCAAGUUGACGCUGCUGGCGCUUCCCAGUGUGAUUUUUGAGCCUAGAUUCGUAGGGGCUGUUAGGAACCUGAUCUAUCCUGAUACUGAGGGAGGUACACCAAGGAGGCAGGAGACGAGGCCUAAGGACCAUAGGGAAACCAUAUAAAUCACAGGGCCAAGCACGAAAGGAGACGAGGUCAUCCAAGAAGUCAGGAUCGCCCAAUGUUG